CAGUGUCGGUAGUGCGCUAAAACUGUGUCACUGGGCGUCCGCCGGCCAUCAAGAUCAGUGGGUCAUUCAAAACGAAAAAGCGCGCGCGCGCGCUUUUUUCUCGUCGUUUAGUUAAAAUUAUUUAAAAGGGUUUUAAAAAUAAUAACAAUUUAUCUCGGUGUUCAUUGUGUGCGCGGCUAAAUUUUGAGUUAUUUUUUAGGCGAUUGCGAAACGUACUAUUUUUUUAGUGCAUUGUAUUAUAAAAAUUAUUGGUUAAUUCUAUAUUGUUUUGUUGCUCUUUAAAAUUAACUAUGUUCAAAAAAGAAAAACCAAUGAUGUCCGUUUCGGCAAUCAUACAGAGUAGGGCUGCCCAUCACUGGGGAAGGAGUUUAAUAUCUGACAGUUUAAGAUUGGACAAUAAUGUAUCUUUGAGUUCAAUGGGUCCCCAAUCGCCGUUAGAUUUGAAGCCGGAUACGGCCACUUUGAUGGCUAAUUACAGUCCUCCAGGAGAUCCUUUAAGUCCUGGACUCUAUGGCUUAGAUAGAAAUAACAUGAUGAAUAGUAACUCAUGUAAUAGUCAAGAUUCACCUAACUAUCCGCCUAAUCAUCCAUUAAGUGGAUCAAAACAUUUAUGUUCAAUAUGUGGUGAUCGUGCAAGUGGUAAACAUUAUGGUGUUUAUAGUUGUGAAGGCUGCAAAGGAUUUUUUAAAAGAACAGUUAGAAAGAAUUUAUCAUAUGCUUGUCGAGAAGAAAAUAAAUGCAUUAUUGACAAACGUCAAAGAAAUAGAUGUCAGUACUGCAGAUACCAAAAAUGUUUGACAAUGGGUAUGAAAAGAGAAGCAGUCCAGGAGGAGAGACAGCGAACAAAAGAAAGAGAUCAUAUGGAAAUUGAACCCACCAGCAGCUCUAAUACAGAUAUGCCUGUUGAACUAAUUUUAAAAGCUGAAAAUAAAGCAGAUGCAAUUAAGACUGAGCAACAACAUAUCGAACAGCAACAUCCUCAACAUCCAGUUGGUGCCAUUUGUCAGGCUACUGAUAAACAACUUAUACAACUUGUUGAGUGGGCAAAGCAUAUACCACAUUUCAAAAGUUUGCCAUUAGGUGAUCAAGUUUUGUUGUUGAGAGCUGGUUGGAAUGAAUUGAUGAUUGCCGCAUUUUCACACAGAUCUAUAAGUGUAAAAGAUGGAAUAGUUUUAGCUACUGGAUUAACUGUUUACCGAGACUCUGCACAUCAAGCUGGUGUUGAAGCUAUAUUUGAUCGUGUUCUAACUGAAUUAGUUGCUAAAAUGAGGGAUAUGGGUAUGGAUAGAACUGAACUUGGUUGUCUAAGAACAAUAAUUUUGUUUAAUCCAGGCUCUAAAGGAUUACAAUCAGUAAAUGAAGUUGAAAUACUUAGAGAUAAAACAUAUGUUGCCUUGGAAGAAUAUUGUCGAACAACACAUCCAGAAGAACCUGGUCGAUUUGCCAAACUGCUAUUGCGUUUACCUUCAUUGCGUUCUAUUGGUCUCAAAUGCCUUGAACAUCUUUUUUUCUAUAAACUUAUUGGGGAUUCACCUCUUGAUACAUUUUUAAUGGAAGUCCUUGAAUCAUCACAUGACAUGCAAGUAGGUACAUGAUUUAAAACUAUUUAAUGACUUACAAAUACAACAAUUCCUCCAUUUAUGAAAUUUAUUUGUUCAAAUUAAUUUAUUUGAUUAUAUAUAAAAAAAUUAUAAUAUUAUCUAUUAUUAUUUUAUAGUUUUAUAAAAUUUGUAUUUAUUGUUUGCUUUUUAUAUUUAGAAUAUUAUAAAUGAAUACUAUUUUUAUUAUAAACUAUAAACAUUUUAGCAUAUUUAUAAUAUAAUUAACUUCAUAAAUUGUGAAUAAUUAUUAUUAAUGUAAAUGAAUAGUUAAAUUUUCAUUUAAUAUGUAUGUAUUAAAAAUAACAUCUUAAGAAAAUAAGAAUAUUUUAAGUGUAAAAAUUAAGUAAUAAUUUUCUGUACAUCUCACAAAAUAUGUAAGAACUGAUAGCAUCAUGUAUUAAUAAUAUUCAUUUGAACAUUGAUACUGUAAAUUUUAAAUUAGAAGUUAACUUGAACUUUUUUCAAUUUUUUUGUCGUAAGUACUUAAUUGUUGAUUAUUGUAAUAAAUGCAAUGUUAAAAAAAAAAAACUAAAAAAUUAUUCAUUAUAUUGUACUAUAAAAUAAUAAAUGUAACAUAUAUUUUAA